AUGAGUUUUUGCUUAGAAAGCCUCUUGCAUUUUUCAGCAUUUCUUUCUUAUUGCUUAACCGGAAAAAAAAGAAAAGGGGUCCCCUUUUCAAAACAAAUAUGUGAACGAGAUAGAGAUGCAAAUCUAAUAUUGAUAACGAGUAGAGAGAUCAUCCUAGUUUCCAUCUAUCACUUGCUUCUCCCUUCAUAUAAACAACCGAUGUUUUCAUCUUCUUCUCGACCUUCUAAAGAGCCAUUACUAUUUGACAUUAGACUAAGAAGCCUAGAUAAUGAUGUUUUGUUAAUAAAAGGUCCUCCAGACGAGGCAUCCUCUGUGUUACUAUCUGGUACUAUUGUCUUAUCUAUUACCGAACCUAUCCAAAUUAAAUCUUUAGCGUUGAGACUUUUUGGAAAAUUGAGGUUAAAUGUUCCAACAGUUUUGCAAACUGCUAAUGGUCCAUAUAAACGAUACUCCAAAUUCGAAAGGAGUAUAUACUCUCAUUUUUGGGACGAUUUCAAUAUAAAGAGUUAUUUUCAAAACUUGUAUGACAAUCAUAAUAAUGGUAAAACAACUAUUUCUAGUAAAUCCUCAACAAAUUUAGCGACUUUGCCAAAAAGGACAAGAGCUCUUUCUAGUACAUCUUUAAUAUCAAAUAAUGGACAAACAAGUACGAAUAAAAACUAUCGCACCUUAGUAAAGGGUAACUACGAGUUCCCAUUUAGCGCAAUCAUUCCAGGUUCGUUGGUAGAAAGUGUCGAAGGUCUACCAAAUGCAGCCGUCACGUAUACAUUAGAAGCUACCAUCGAGAGACCUAAACAACCUGAUUUGGUUUGUAAAAAGCAUCUAAGAGUCAUUCGAACAUUGGCAACAGAUGCGGUCGAAUUAUCUGAAACAGUAUCCGUCGAUAACUCAUGGCCUGAAAAAGUUGAUUAUACAAUCUCUAUUCCAACUAAGGCGAUUGCCAUUGGUUCUUCCGCCAUGAUUGAUAUCUUGAUUGUUCCCGUAUUGAAGGGGCUAAAAUUGGGUCCAAUUAGGAUUACCUUAGUAGAAACUUCUCAGUACUGCGGUAGCUAUGGAGGGAUUAUUAACCAAGAUAGAGUAGUGACCAAGUUGAAAUUGAAAGAUCCAUUGAAGCAUAUUGCCCAAAUAAAGAAGAGAAGAAGCCUGAAUGAAACCAACGACGAGGAUUUUGAUAUGGGCACUGGGGAGUUUCAAGACAAAUGGGAAGUUCAAGCCUUAUUGAAUAUACCUGCGAGCUUGUCCAAGUGCUCUCAAGACUGUCGAAUUUUAUCUAAUAUCAAAGUUCGUCAUAAGAUAAAAUUUACAAUAAGUUUACUAAAUCCGGAUGGCCAUAUUUCAGAAUUGCGUGCGGCAUUGCCCGUUCAAUUAUUCAUUUCACCAUUUGUUCCAGUUAAUGUAAAAACGUCUGAUGUUAUCGAGAGAACGCUUAAGACAUUUGGCCCUUCAUAUCAGGCCACAACUCAAAACGAUAGUUCAUUUAGCAACAAAAGAUUUAUAGACAAUACUGAAGAAGACGUCAUUUUCCAAAGAUCUGUGUCCGAGUUACAAUUGUCUUCGAUGCCUACUAUAGUAAAUGGUUCCAAUUCAAAUGCUCACAAUCCAGACGCAGAAACUUCGACUACCAAUGAUGCGGCUAUGGUAGCCAGUCUAAUGGUUCCUCCUAACUACGGAAAUCAUGUUUAUGAUCGUGUAUAUGGUGAAACAACCAAUCAAAACAAAAUAUCGACACCAGUACCCCCAGUUGCCAGCGAGUCACAAGUCCUUGACGAUAUCCAAAACUUGUAUAUCUCGGAUAGCAACGAUACUAACAAUUCUACUUCGGCACGGAAUCCUGAAAUUAGAAUCGAUGACGGUAACCCAAAUAACUGUGAUUCCCAAGACAACAGCGUCAAUAAUAGUAGCUCGAAUUUGGUUAUUAAUUUUUUGACGGUUAAUGAUAACAGCAACAGCGCCUCCGGAAGUAGAUAUAAUAAUUACACUACUAAUACAGGACUGAAUAGUCCUUCGUUGACCCCGAGCUUCGCUCACUUAUCGAGAAGAAAUUCUUAUAGUCGGCAAACUUCAUCUACAUCCUUGAAGAAUGACUUGGAGCUUUCGACUUUAAGUAGAGUACCUUCAUAUGACAAAGCCAUGAAAUCCGACAUGAUCGGUGAAGAUUUACCACCCGCUUAUCCAGAAGAAGAACUUGAUUCACAACAAAACAAGAAAGUGGAGUUAGAAAGGCCGAAAAUUUUACACCAUAAAUCUACAUCGUCUUUAUUACAGUUUCCAAGUUCAAGCAAAACUUCCAAUAAUGUAAAAAGCUCGUCCAGCAAAACCCAUUUGUCUCAUUCUCCAUUACCAAAAAGUAACAAUACCUCCUCGGUAUCAUUACAACAACUGACAAGGAGCAACACGGAUAGCUCCUUCAAUUUGAAUCUAUCUUUCGCGGCCCCAAAAAGCAAUUCGGCAAGUAGACACUUUUCAUUCAAUAUGACACCAUCCUUGACUAAUUCAAAUACUAAUAGCCAAAACAAUCUAUACUUUAGUAACGCUGAGCUGGCUUCUGAUGCGGAUCAAGCAAGGCCGGAGGAAAACUACAUGGGCUCAGUCGAAACUCAGAGAUCACGCUCCUCAUCAAUUAGAAGUAAUACCAGUAACUCACCAUCUAGACAAAAGACCGGUUCAUUUUCCAACUUCAUGGAGAUGUUCACAAGACGAGACCGCGCAUAG